CGAGGUCAAAGAAACAGCUACCAGUACAAGAGUGAUGCAGUUUUCUGAGGGGAAACAUGAAUGGGAGGAAGUUCAGAUGGAUUCAGAGGGCCCAGGAGAUGUACCAUUUCCACCUCAGUCUACUGAUGGCUUCGCCGACUAUGUUGCUCGAUGUCACUCCAACCGCCAAAAUAAAUUUAAAGACCAAUUUGCAGUAUGAAACCUGUGAAUAUAUUAGUGAAACAUCAUUUGUUUUCUGGACUAAACUUUUUCAGUUAAUGCAAGAAUAUGACACAGACUUUCCUAAAACAGUUGGAACAAGUCACGGUAUAAAGAAACUCAACAGAUUCAAUAACAUCACCGUUUAUGAUCACAAUAGAGUCGUUCUUAGAUCCAUUGAUGGGCAUUCGGACUGCCAGAGAGAUUUCAUCAAUGCCAGCUUUAUUGAUGGAUACAAGAGAAGACAAAAGUAUAUAGCAACUCAAGGGCCACUGCCAAAGACAGUGGUAGACUUCUGGAGGAUGGUGUGGCAGGAGAGGUCUCAGACCAUUGUGAUGCUGGCCAAUCUGGUUGAGGCCAAUUCUGUCAAGUGUCACAAGUACUGGCCGGAGACUGGGACCCUGUCCUUUGGUCCCUUCAAUGUCACCAUCACAGGACAACAGAUACUGGCUGACUACACCACUCGGGAGUUUAGUGUCCAGCUGGCAGAGAGUUCAGAACCAGCUCUGAGUGUGACUCAGUUCCACUUCACAGCCUGGCCUGACCAUGGAGUGCCUGACUAUGCCACUUCACUUCUCGCCUUCCACAAGAAAGUGAAGAAACAUCACAAGGAAGCAAUGGGACCAAUUACUGUCCAUUGCAGUGCUGGUGUUGGGAGGACAGGGACUCUGAUAACUAUUGACUGUGUUCUUGAGCAGCUGCAAGGGGAGAAGGUGGUGGAUAUAGCUGGUGUCAUCAUCCACCUCCGCACACAGAGAAUGAAAAUGGUUCAGAGCCUGGACCAGUAUGUCUUUAUCCAUGAUGCCAUUCUGGAAGUUAUUACGUGUGGAGAUACACAGAUUGAUGCUGGAGAUUAUAUCCAGAAACUAAGGAAGUACAAAAGUUCACCAAAUGCUCACCCAAAUGAAUUUGAUAACCAGUUUAAUGUUCUUGAGAAAUUAUCCCCUACACCAAUGGAAGUAUCACAGAAAGUGGGUCUUAAUAAUCCUUCCAAGAAUCGCAAUGAUCGCUAUCUUCCUGGUGAUCAGUGGCGUGUUGUAUUGAGGGGAGAUAAAGUGGAUUACAUUCAUGCUGUUUUUGUUAAUGGUUACAAGCAACAGAGAGCAUUCAUCAUAGCUCAGAGUCCCAUGGAGUCCACAGCCAGAGAUUUCUGGAAGAUGGUCCAUGACAGGAAGUGUGGAGUCAUUGUUAUGCUCUGUGACUUGGUAGAAGAUGGAGAGGAGACGUGUUAUCAAUACUGGUCUAAGACAGGAGUAGCUCAGUUUGGAGAAUAUACAGUUGAUCUGCUAGAGGAAAAGGCAGUCAAGGGAUUCCUCCUCCGUAAAAUCACUGUUUACAACAUUAAGACUGCUGAUGCUCAUCAGGUUGUCCAACUACACAUGGUAAACUGGAGUCCUGAUGGAAGCUGCUCAAACCUCACCACAAUCACUUGUGUCAUACGUGAGAUGACGGAUAUUCAAAUGAAGACUGGGAAUCAAUCAAUUGUAGUUCAUUGCAGUGACACAGUGGGUAGGUCAGGGAUGUUCUGUGCCAUAGUCACCACCAUUGAGAGGUGUAAGACAGAGGGAGUGGUGGAUGUGUUCCAGGUGGUCAAGGCUCUCAGGGUACAGAAACCUGGAGCUGUCCUCACUGUGGCUCAGUACCGCCUGUUGUUUGAGGCAGUGUUGGUGUAUCUGGAAUCAUUUGAUACAUACAGCAAUUUUGUACGUAAAUAGGAGGCUUUCAGAAACAAACACUGUAGCAAACUGUUCAUUUAUUCACAACCGCUUUUGCUGCAUUUCACUGCUGAUUUUUAAUUAUAAUGG